GCGCAAACAAAGAAUAGCAUGUAUUACGUCCCUCCGACAGGAUCAACGUUUCUUCAAAUCUUAUAUUAUCUUGUAUUAUCUCUGUAGAUAGAUAAAUAUAUACUUUAUAUUUACGAUCUUAAUUAGAAAUUUUACACGCUAAAAUCAUUCCGCAAGAUAUCAUAAAACGAUCAGGCGAUAUAUAUCGUGUAUCCAUGGUGAUGCUUCUUCAAUCGUCAUUCUUUGUACAAACAAAGAUCUCCAUGUGCUUUAAUUUCUUUUAGAGUUAUUAGUACUCGUAUAUUAAUGUUCAACGCAUACGAUUAUCAUUUAAAUACACAUUCUAUAUACGUAUUUAAAUCAUACAUUUAAAAAUGGCAACAGCAAUUAAAGAACGCACGAUUCCUGCCAUGGAUACCCUAGUUAAAUAUGAUACUCCAGUCUUAAUUACGACUCAUCCAGAGAAGGUACGUAAAGACACAUCUGUACCAAAAGUCGGCACUGCCGUUUGUAAAAUUCAAACAACUUCAACCUCAGCUGAAGCACGACGAGAAACUGUGGAAAUCUUAAAUAGAAUCCUGCCGCCGAAAGAAUGGGAAGAGGAUGGCCAAAUAUGGACACAACGUGUUUCGAGUACUCCUGCAACAAGAUUGGAUGUAAUAAAUUUACAGGAGCAACUCGAUAUGCGAUUACAACAAAGACAGGCUCGAGAAACCGGUAUUUGUCCCGUUCGUAGGCAACUUUAUACGCAAUGUUUCGAUGAGCUAAUAAGGCAAGUAACAGUAAAUUGCGCCGAACGUGGAUUACUUUUAUUGAGAGUAAGAGACGAGAUUAAAAUGACAUUGGCUGCAUAUCAGACAUUAUAUCAAAGCAGCAUUGCUUUCGGGAUGCGUAAAGCAUUGCAAGCCGAACAAGGCAAAGAAAAUUUGAUUAAUACAGCCGAGGAAUUACGAUUGCAAAAAAUCGAAUUGGAGAAAAUGGUUGCGGAAUUAAGACUCAAGUUCGAUCAGGCUGAGAAAAGAUCGGCCGAAUUAAGGGAAGCGGAGGAAAAGAAACACAUGGAAGAAGUGCAGUUCCUUAAAAAAACAAAUAUGCAAUUAAAGACUCAGUUGGAAGGUAUUAUAGCACCGAAAAAAUAAAAAGCUCAUAUGUGAAAAAAACUGCCAUUAAGAACGUGUAUAAAAUGUAGCUAUAUUUAUAUUUAAACAGGAAUGAAAAGGUUUACGUAAAACUCUAAUAAAUAUACAUCCUAUAUUUGUGAAUAAACUAAUAAUAAUUUUAUUGCAGGUAGACACAAAUUAUUUUAUUUUUUACAUAAUAUUCUUAUUAUUUUUUGACCUAAAACUUGGCAAAGUCUUAAAAAAUACAUUAUUGUUCCAUACCGCUUAGAUUUAUAAAAUUUCAGUGAUGCAGAAAAUGAAUACAAAGUAUAGACAUAUAAAAUAUAGACAUACAAAUAAUAUAUAAUGUAAUUACAAGAUCACAUAUAUAACGGUAAUUAUAAA